GCAAGUUGUCAGGUCGGAUACCCCAAGCUGGAUAGUCCAGGCUCGCUCUUCGCCCCAUGUCCUGAUCGUCCUCUUUCUUCAGUCCCUUGAUUUGAGAGUUUCGACGACGAGAGCGUACUAGGCCCCGGUGCCCUGGACUUAACCCUUCUUAGCUAGCAACCCUUUCCCUUUCCCUUGCCCUUCUCCUUCUCUUAGUCUCCGGCGGAUUGGUCUGGUUACACGAGAGACGGGACGGACAGCCCCAGCUGGACGGAGCAUGCAGAGUGGAAGCCACCGCUCAUCAUACAUUGCUGUCACGGCAUAUCUCUCGACAGCCAUCGAACCCAGCAGCCGGUGCCAAUCGUAUUGAUCGCCUUCCCGUUGAUGUGCUGGUGGUCUCGCUGUGGUCCCUCGACCGAGAAACGAGACACCCGGCACUGCUUGACUUGACAGCAUAUUGUCCGGAGACCGGAUCUUCCAAGCCUGUCAUCAUGGAACGUCCGCUUUGCCUCCCUGCCGGUCCUUGUUUGUCGAGCUGGCAGCCCGAGGACAGCAAUCCGGAGAACUCGAGGCGUAUUCCCGGAUAUUGGAAUUCUUCACAGCAAAUCUGAAGCAGCCAUGUCGACAAUCUUCCCCGUCCAUGGUUGCAGCGGCGGUGUUGCAUAACGCAGUAUUACCGUCAACGAUAACAUGCAGCUCCUCUGGAGCAUGACAUCAGUUGCUCGCCUCAACGACAGAGCUCUCGAGUUUUUUCCAAGCAUGAUCCGCGAGACCCGCCGUUCAAGCACCUGUUCGCUCCUACAGAUGCAACUACACUGGACAUUUGGUUCGGUCUAGCUAACAGCAUGUCGACAUCACCACGACAGCGCCAGCCCCCAAGCUGCCCACUUCUGGAAUGCACAUUGGCGACAUCUUACUGGUCGAGCCUUGGUCCCUGAAAGCCUUCUUCGACUUGCCCCAAACGACUACCACCUUGGUGUAGCAGCCGAGCUCUUGACGUAUCAGGUGUCAGCAAGCCCGGCAUUGGACGGCUGUCAAGUGAUGUACCAUCUGGACUGCAUGAUGGGGAAAGAAAAAUUCUCUACACGAACGACUGUGGGCCCUCGGAAAUCCACAAGACACGCCGGGCUUGAACCCAGAUCUAAGAAGGAUGCAGUUCCUACUGCCGGCGGACCCAUGGGCCAGGUGAGCAAUCAUGAACUAUGCGUAAUCGCCACAUGAUUGCUUAUACCCGUGGACCAGGAGCAUGGAGCCUUCGUUCGUCCAUUCCUCCCCGGACUAUCAGGGUCUCCCCGAGUUCGACAAUGGGUUGAAUCCGAUAUAGUCCUUCGUCCGCAGCUUAUAUUUUACAACGCAUCUUUUCAUAAGGGUCCGCGCGCCAACUGGGGGCCACUGUCAGUCGUGUCCGAAGGAACAUAUGCCGCUAAUUCCAAGCCCCCUCAUUUUCCAUUGCUGGACCAAUAUUGGCUCUUGCCACGGGAAUACGUCGUCUCAGCAUUCUCCUCCGUGCUUGACUUGAUUCCAUGACACCCACCGGUCUAACCCACAGGACGACCGCCUUCGCCACGAGUCCACGAACGCCCAACGAUGUGCGAUAACGGAUGCCGGCCUGGUCGUGUCAAAUUUGGGCCUCUCCGCACGGGAUGUUGAGCGACCUUGGGCGUCGAGAUGCUUCACAAAAGGAAAGCCGUUUGAUGACCCACACCAAUGUGCCCCCUUCCGUUGCCCCCUGGGACAAUCUCUGCCAGGCCAAUCAUCAACCUCUAGUAGGCCAACAAACACAAAUGUCUCCGUUGAACAGGGCACCGACUAGAAACACAUAAAUGGCGUUCCAUUUCUUCACGAUGAUAUCCAGGUGACGACUGCUCUACCACCCCUCAUCUGACAUAUCGACUUCUCAUCUUCACAUACGCCUCUGAAUGUCCUAUUCUUGGAUUCCUGUGCCUGACAUGGAGAAGCUCGGAACUAUCAAGGCUCGGGAGGAACCACUGCAGCGAGAGUCUGGUGCCGCCACUCCAAAUAAUCUCAACCUCGGUCUUGUUGGUUCGAUGGCCGGGAAUGUCAUCCUCCCUCCCAAGUCACCUGUUAUCCACGUAGACGAAAAGGGGAUCGAAGAAGUUCGGCAGGCACUGCAAGCCUGCGCCGACCUUGGACUCGCUGGGGAUAUGAUCAACAAGGCCAGCUUUCCCCUCCCCACUUUCCAUGUCGUGCUGGAUGAGGCCAGGCGUCAAGUCCAUGAAGGUCAGGGGUUCGUCAUUAUCAGGGGCAUCGGCCUUUCUGAUUCGGCCCAGAAUAACAACAACAUGUUCCUGGGCUUGGCGAGCUACAUCGGAGAUGUGAGAGGUGCUCAGGACAAGCAAGGGUCCAUGCUCACUCAUGUAACUGCUUCCAAAUCCUGGACUGUUCCUCCUGAACUCCGUCACGGUAUCCACACCAACACCGGCUUGGCCUGGCAUAAUGAUAUGGGCACCGAUGUGAUUGCGCUUCACAUUCGAUCAUUGGCCGAGGAGGGCGGGAACACCUUCGUGGCUUCUUCAUGGACCAUAUACAAGGAAUUGGCGACGUCAUACCCUCAAGUUCUUGAACUUUUGUGUGAGCCAUGCUGGCCAAUCCAAGUUUCUGGAAAUCCUCCCCGACACAUUGUCGCACCUUUGGUGCAAAUCUACAACAAUAGGGUCUAUCUCAGCGCCGAUCCGGGUCGUCUAGGUCUCCAUCCCGUCACCGCUAAAGCCAGCCUGAGCUCUUCCAUUCCAAGCCUCACCACUUUGCACCUCCAAGCCCUUGAGAUUCUAUCUGAGCUCGCGACCAGACAUCGGUUGAUGCUAGAUACUAGGCCCGGGGAUAUUCUUUUCAUCAACAACUGGGCCCUCAUACACGCGAGGGAUUCGUACAAGGAUCCGAAAGACGGCCCCGGUCGUCACCUGGUUAGAUUGUGGCUCAGGAAUUCCGAGUUAGGUUGGAAGGUCCCCGAGUCCAUGAGGGUGCCCUGGGAGGCCGCCUUUGGCCCCAAUGGAGACGGAUAUCCGACUGGAGUUACGCGCAGAGAAUAUCCGCUUGCUCCGUCCCACGAGUACAAGCCACCAAAGUACACGGCUGGCUCGGCAGCAUUUGUCCUGGACGAUGAAGAUGAAGUGAAUGGCGGGAAUACCGAGCCCUGAAACUCAACCUGAAUCGAGGGUCAGCAUGUCGUUGCUAUUGCGAAAUCGUUCACUCCGGGCCGCUACAAGUGGUUGUUCUCCAAUGUUUCCCCCGCAAUGCCUUUUUCGUCUUAUUGUCACGCCUCAUAUCACGCGUCAUGACUCACGAACUCUCACAAUUUCUCUUCCUCUUCUUUCAUAGGGUCUCAAAAGCGUACACGAAUAGAGACAGGGUCACAAAGGAGGGGUUUUCGAUGCGUGGCAGAGUCUCAUGAACUGGGAUGGUUUGUACAUCAUCAAGGUCUACCAAGCCGAGAAUUCAACAAUGCUCGUAGCAUCCGUUUCGUCAUCCCACUCCCAACCUGAUGCGUCAGCUGUACUUUCCAAUGAGCUCCGUCCAUUUACG